GAGAAGUUCCUCAUAGAGAACGGCUGCAGGAGCAGCGUCCACAUCUCCUCACACCGGGCUCCUCACUGACCUGGCGGCUACGGACGGGGACAACUAGGAAAAUAUGGGAUGCAUCACAUCAACAGCGAAAGGCCAAGCAUCUCCAGUCGAAAACGAUUUCAAGAGCUAUCCAGUACGUAAACCUGAACGAACUAUUUAUGUACCAGAUCCAACGUCCAAUAAGCAGCGCAGGCCACCACAAAAUGGAGGAAGUCUAUUACCUGGGCAGAGGAUGCAACAUGCAGAAGCGGAGGAGACUGGGAAUAUAGUAGUAGCUUUAUAUCCGUAUCAAGGAAUCCAUCAAGAUGACUUAACUUUCAAAAAAAAAGAAAAAUUAAAAAUACUUGAAGAACACGGGGAAUGGUGGAAAGCAAAGUCCUUAUCCACCAAGAAAGAAGGAUUCAUACCUAGUAACUACGUGGCCAAAGUCAACACGUUAGAAACGGAAGAAUGGUUUUUCAAAGAUAUAACAAGAAAAGAUGCAGAAAGACAGCUGUUAGCACCUGGGAAUACUUCUGGAGCUUUUCUUAUCAUAGAAAGUGAAACCCUGAAAGGCAGCUACUCCUUGUCAAUAAGGGAUUUUGAUGCAAAGAACGGUGAUGUCAUCAAUCACUACAAAAUCAGGACUCUUGACAAUGGUGGAGUUUACAUUUCCCCCCGGAUUACGUUCCUGUGCAUCAGUGACAUGAUCCAGCAUUACCAAAGACAAGCAGAUGGCCUAUGCAGGAAAUUGGAAAAACCCUGUUUUAGUCCCAAACCACAAAAACCAUGGGAUAAAGAUGCUUGGGAAAUUCCAAGGGAGUCUGUUAAACUAGUGAAGAAACUUGGAGCUAGACAGUUUGGUGAAGUCUGGAUGGGUUUUUAUAAUAAUAAUACAAAAAUUGCAGUGAAAACCCUCAAGGCAGGAACCAUGUCCGUGGAAGCAUUCAUGGAGGAAGCCAACUUGAUGAAGACGCUCCAACAUGACAAGCUAGUGAGACUUUACGCUGUGGUCACUAAAGUGGAACCAAUUUACAUUAUUACAGAAUAUAUGGCAAAGGGAAGCCUACUAGAUUUUCUCAAGAGUGAUGAAGGUUCUAAGCUGCUUCUUCCAAAGCUGAUUGACUUCUCUGCUCAGAUUGCAGAAGGUAUGGCGUACAUAGAAAGAAAGAAUUACAUCCACCGUGAUCUUAGGGCAGCGAAUAUGCUGGUCUCUGAGUCUCUCACGUGUAAGAUAGCGGACUUUGGUCUGGCUCGCGUUAUUGAAGAUAAUGAAUAUACAGCAAGAGAAGGUGCAAAAUUCCCCAUCAAAUUGACUGCUCCAGAGGCAAUCAACUUUGGGUCAUCUUACAUAUGUGACUCGAUGGAGGUGAUUCAAAAACUGGAGGGGACUAAGUCAGAGUUUGAUGAUUUUGUACAGGUAUUAAAUAAAGACGAGAUGGGACUCCUUUUCACCUUUGAGAUCCAUAAUGAUAAGAUUGAUUUCCUGGACUUGACAGUUUUUAAAGACCAGGAGGGCUGGGAUUGA